UUGGCAUGGAACCAAACCAACCCCUCAUUCCCACAAACUUCAUCGUCUGCACCUAGUUUCAUCCGUCUUUCUCUUCAGUCCACCUGGUUCUCUUGUCUCAUCUGAUUCAAUGUAGACUGAGCCCAGGUCCAGAGCCUUCAGCCUUGUCUCAUGGACUCUGCUCCAAUAAAACCUUCCUUUAUUAAGCCUCCCAACCCCAACUACUUCGCCUCCUCUUCAAUCUUCACCGCCAAUUCCAUCGCCCUUUCGAACUUCAAACCCUCUUCUAUUUCCAUUUCCUACCGACCCAAUUCGUUAGAUCCCAAAGACACACCAAUUCCGCAAUGCAAUUUCCACCACCCAACCAGCUCUCCCUUCCCGAGUUUGUUCCCAGUGGUGCGGAGAAUCAAAGAUUUAGCUCGAGUGCCUGAAGGCUACUUGCAGAAUGGAGGGCUGGGGAUGGUCAUUAUGAGCGUCACAGCCACGGCGAGGGGCCGAUUGAGCCCGUUCGUGGCGACGCUGGCGGCGAACCCGACGUUCGUGUCGGGCUUGGUGGCGUGGGCGGUGGCGCAGUCGGUGAAGGUGGUGCUCAACUUCUUUGUGGAGAGGAAGUGGGACUUGAGGGUCAUGUUUGCUUCCGGCGGCAUGCCCUCGUCUCACACCGCGCUCUGCUCCGCCCUCACCACAUCGGUGGCGCUUUGCCACGGAGUGGCCGACUCGCUGUUUCCGGUGUGUUUGGGCUUCAGCUUGAUUGUCAUGUACGAUGCAAUCGGCGUCAGGCGGCACGCCGGUAUGCAAGCGGAGGUUCUGAAUAUGAUCGUUGAGGACUUGUUCGAGGGGCAUCCCAUCAGCAAGAGAAAGCUCAAGGAACUACUUGGCCACACUCCAUCCCAGGUUCUUGCUGGAGCUCUACUUGGCAUGGCGGUUGCUUGCAUCUGUUGUAAAGGUUGCUCCGUUGCUGUAUAAUCAUCUGCUUCUGCAGCAGAUAUAUAAUUUUGUUGAUUAGAGUCCUAGAGAUGCCAUGCAAUGCAAUGCACGACUCAAUAUUUGAACUGUUCCGGCAUAUGGGUGGCCUACAAAGUAUUCUUUGAAACCCACAAUUCUGGAAUAUCAAAUAAAAACAAGCUUCAUUUAGUUUCUCUCCCAAAAAUUUACUCGUUUUUGGGAAUUCUAGAUAAAUUUUGUAUGAAACCAGCUUGAUGUACCUGGCUCAUUUUGUAAAAUUACUAUGAAUUCCAUGGAUUCAAUGCCUGCGCUUUGCCUUUCAUGCAAUGUUUUUUUCCCAGUUGGAUCAUAUUUUACCAUAUAAAUGGAUCUUUAGUAC